GGGAGCUUUUUACAAAUUACUGUGGAGCCCGGAAAACAACACGCUGGAGUGGAGCUCUGCUAAAAUAUAGCAGAUUUAGGGGUUUUACUGCUGAAAAACCUCCAGCCCGGAGAACCAGGCCGCUCCAGCCCGGAUUCAUCGCUCAAAACCCAUCAGUCUCCAAAUGGCAUCCUCAGCAGCUCCCCUCUGCCCUCAGAAUCAAAACCAGAGGGAUAAUCCAGGGCUGCUGAAGCACCAAAAAGCAAAUAAGCUUUCAGAGAAUUUAAGGACACAAUCCCACAUUACCCAGUCGUCCAAAAGAGGAUCUGAGAACCAGGACCCGAAUGAAACUGCUAAAACCACAAAAGGAGCAAAUAAACUAAAGACCAUCAGCAGGCUUCCAGUCCUGGCAAAAUCCAUACAGCCAGUUCUUACAGACAUCCCUCAAAGUCCCGGCCUUAAGAGAUGGGAGGAGAGGCCACUGCUGGGAAAGGCACAGAAGAGGAAAACCUGUACCAAACCUGUUCCAUUCAACUUGUCCCAGUCUCGGAGCCACAGCCAGAAGCUCACUGAAGCUGCUCCUGAAAGGGCAGGAAGUUCUGGACUACCCCUAACGACUCGUCCGACACCCAGCAAGACCCUGACCACCUCUCAGCACAGAACAAACCCCCCCACUCACAAUCCCCUUUCAUCUUUGAGGAAUACACAUGUUCAUCACACAAACACUUCAAAAACUAAGCCCUUAAACCCUUUAGAGCCUAAGACCAGUCCAAAGCCCAAGCCUAACAGCACACAGUCUGUGCUACAGUGUGUUACUGACUCCUCCAUUCAGAGAGACCUGAGCUCACAGCUGCGCAGCAUCACACUCGCUCAGUCAGAGCUUACCAAGGACCCGGGUCUUUCUCUCAGAGCUGGUGCUGGUGGGGUGGAGGAGAGAGCAGCUUUCCAAUUAAAGACCAAAGGCUGCAUUCAGACUGCUUUGUCUGCUAAACCUACCACAGGUAUAACAGGGAACUCUACAGGGAGUACUGUCUCUUUUACCCCUGACCCAUCAGCACUCAGUAGUAUUCUACAGAAUGAAGGGGUUAAACUGGAUGGUCCAGGAGCAACACCUCGAGUGUCUACCUGCCCCACAGGGAGAGGAACCUCCAUUUACUCUGCACAACGAGUUCCUGUCAAAAAGCCUCAGACUGAAGCAGCUAAAGCACUGCCAGGACAAGCUGGGAGUGCUGUGCCAUUUUCCCCUGACCCGUCAGCCCUCCGUAGUAUACUGCUGAAUGAGGGGAUUAAAGCAGGGGGACCCGUUGGAGCAACACCUCGAGUGUCUACCUGCCCCUCAGGGAGACAGAUGUCCAUGUAUUCUGCACAACGCGUUCCUCUAAAGAAGCCACAAACCGAAGCUGCUGCAGCACAGCCAGGACAAGCUGGGAGUGCUGUGCCAUUUUCCCCUGACCCGUCAGCCCUUCGUAGUAUACUGCUGAAUGAGGGGAUUAAAGCUGGAGGAGCUUCUGGAGCAACACCUCGAGUGUCUACCUGCCCCUCAGGGAGAGGAACUUCCAUUUACUCUGCUCAACGAGUACCACUUAAGAAACCUAAAGCAGAAGGAACAGUAGCAGAGGCACACACUGGUGCCAGCAGAACUCCCAACACCAAGCGAACGCAGCAGCGAGUUCCCUACAGCCAGUCACAGUCACUGAGGAGGCUAAUCUCUGCACGUAAGGCAGCUCUGUCCAAUCUCCAGUCUCCUGCGUUACGAGAAGCCCAGAGCUCCAGUACGGACAGCUCAGCUCAGCAGCAGCAGCAGCAGCAGAAGGAUGUGGUUCAGAAGCUAUUUCAGGAGGAACCAGAGCAGGAGGAGCAUGAGCAGAUGGAGGAAGAAGGAGAUGAAGCUGCACUGGGUCCGGCAUUGGAGCGUCAGCCUACUGCUGAACUUCAUUCAGAUAAAGAGAACAUGGUCCCGAACAAUCAGCCCUUCAUUCAGGCACCACACAGACAGUCAGUCAUCGUAUUCUCGUCCGGUCAGCGGCUGUUCAGACCGGGCCCGACUCAGGACUGUUCUCAGAUCUCUGAGAAUGCAGGGCAGCUUCAGCCAUGUGUUUCCAGCACUGAAUCUCAGAGCACAGAACCGGUACAGCCAGUCCAGCCCAGCGGAUCACAGAGUUCCCUCAACUCAGACACAAGUAAACGAUCGAGCCCCAGUACACAGUGUAAGACAAAAGCCUCUAGCAGCCUCAGCUCAGCAGUGUGUGCUCUGAGACGCCGUCUGCCACCCCUGGAGGAGAUGUUUCUGGAUGAAGAGUGUGCUACAUACACUUCCUGCCAACAGGCCUGGCCCACACAGCCCCGCUGCAGCAACCCUGUGGCCUCCAUACUGCUGUUUCAGGACUCCACUUGCUUUAUGCCUAUUGGUUUUGGGUCUUCAAGUCACAGUCCUGGCCCACUUCUCUCUUCACCAAUAAGAUGAUGGCCGAACAUCAUUUAAAGUUCAACCUGGUUUCGUAAAAGUCCGUUCUGAGUCUUUAUUAGUUUCACCAAUUUCUACUUCACAGCUUCUUAAAAAGCCAUGGCAUCUUAUCUGUGUCUUCAAGGCAAGCUCUUGAGAAGACAGCAGUUAUAUAGACAAGCAUUGUCCUGUUGGAAUGUUGAAAAAGUUCAUUUUCAUGAUGUAAAAGCAAAGAUUACAGUUAACAAAUGAUGUACUAUGCAACAUUGUUUUUACAGGUCAUUCUUAAUGUCUUCCCUGUAGUUGUGCAUUAAGUUAUUAUUGCCAAAUAGCCAAAGAAACCAGCUCUUCAAUGCCAGCAUAUACCAGACAGUAUUUUUAUUAUCAGUAGUAUUGUUUAAUAUUAACCCUGCUUAUGUGGAUUAACUCCUGUGAGAGAUUGUAAAAUAUUGAUAACUAAGGACCUCAGUAAUUUAAAUUACGAUUGUGUAGGUCCCUAAUGUUGCACACACUGGCGUUUACUUGAUUAUUUGUCCUCCAGCUCAGAGGCUCUAUGCUCUGUGUUUUUAAAUGAUGUUUGCAGGAUCACUUUCUGUAUAUAUGUGUAUAACUAAACACUAACAUUUGAUCACUGUCUGACUGAAAGAAUGCUUUAUCAUGUGUGCACAAGAAGAUGGAUAUUUUGAUGGAUAAGCUGGCUCUGCUGCUUUUGGUUGUGAAGCCUGCUUUAUGAUCAGUGUCCUUUGAUAUUGUUUGUCUAUAGUUAAUAAUAAAUGUAUAUCAAAGAUG